AUGGGUUUCGCAGCUGUUUUCGCUACUGAGAGACGAGAUCCUCAUUGCUUCCAACUUCCUUUCACUCGCCGUCGAUCUACAAGGAUGCAUAUUUCGGAUGACUUCCAGACGCUCUGCGAGCGAGUCCAGACCAUGGUUCGCCAGCGACGUCGCAAGGAGAAGCGCAGUAUGGAGAUUUCUGAACCUUUCAACUUCGUCAAGAACCCAGUCGACCUUCCAGGCGUGUCAUCAGAACAGCUCGCUAUGCUUCGAGAACAUGCCGCUGCCGGUUGUAUUGGCAUUGCAGACCCUCCCAGCCCUACGGCCCCUCGCUCACCCUGUUCUACAUCGAGCCUCUUCUCCAACCCAGUCCGACCUCCCAUGAAAUCUGUCGCUACAUCCAACUCCAUCUCAUCUACCGACAGCCUGCGUUGA